AUGCACCUGCUGCGGAGCGCCUGGCAGGCGAUUCGACACUUGCGAACUGGCAGUGCGCAGCACAGGUUCGGAAUAUUUCCUCCGUCACCACCGCGGCCGCCUACUAAGGUCUAUUUCAGUCGCCGUCAGUCGCAGGAAACCUCUCCAUGGGGCUCGCCCUCAUCCAGACAGUGGCUCUUCAUUGGUGUGACCUUUGCUGGUGGGGUUGUCUAUUAUGUGGUGCAUAUCGAUCGGGCACCGCUGACCCAACGGCGACGCAUGAUCGAUAUAUCUGCUGACCAGGAGGCCGCCAUCGGCAAGGCAAAUUUCCAAAUGGUGCUGACGCAAUACCAUGGACGUAUUUUGCCGGCAACUUCUGCCACGAGUAGAUACGUAGAACGAAUAGGGAAACGAAUCGCGGCUUCAGCGGAGGCGAUCAGUCCACCAGGCGUUCACUAUCAGUGGGAAUUUGUCGUCAUCGAUUCACCCGAACCGAACGCGUUCUGUCUACCGGGUGGCAAAGUCGCGGUCUUCACCGGCAUUUUGCCGAUCCUCGUCGAUGAAAACUCGGUUGCAGCAGUUUUAGCGCAUGAGAUUGCCCAUGCAGUCGCACGACACGGCGCGGAGAAGCUGGCCUUUGCCAAAAUCCUCCUGCUACUGCAGAUUGUGAUCAAUCAGUUCAUCGAUACGCGUCUCCUGACGAACUUGCUGAUGCAGUUGCUACUGACCUUGCCGUUCAGUCGACGCAUGGAGAGUGAAGCGGAUUAUAUCGGCUUGCAUCUGAUGGCUGCAGCAUGUUUCGAUCCACAAGCGAUGGCGCCCAUGUUCGAAAGGAUGAAAGCGCUGCGUGAAAAGCUUAUGCGCGGACAUCGCUCACCGCCGAGCUAUCUCUCCACCCAUCCAGCUGAUGAGGAUCGCGUUGCUGCGAUCAUUCGAUGGCUACCUGAGGUCUUACCCGAAUACGAAGCCAAGUGCCUUCCGAGUGGUAGAGAAUGGAGGCGAACGCUCCGCUCUUUGAGUCCGUUUUAG